AUGGCAGCGGCGCCGCACGUCGUCAUCCUCACGAGCUCCGGCGCGGGCCACGUCCUCCCGGUCUCCGAGCUGGCCAAGCGCCUCGCCGUCCAGCACGGCUUCACCGUCACCAUCGUCACUUACGCCAGCCUGUCCUCGCCGGGCCACUCCUCGCCGCUCGCCUCCCUCCCGCCGGGCGUCUCCGUCGCCGUGCUCCCGGAGGUGUCCCUCAGCGACCUCCCUGCCGACGCGCACUUGAUGACCCGCAUCCUGACCGUCAUCAACCGCGCUCUGCCACAGCUACGCGACCUACUACGCUCCCUCCUCGACCUCCCGGCGGGGAUCACCGCCUUUAUGACCGACAUGCUCUGCCCCGCGGCGCUCGCCGUCGGCAAGGAGAUGGGUGUGCCUGGGUACGUCUUCUACACCUCCAGCCUCAUGUCUCUGUUAUCAUUGCUCUACACGCCGGAGCUCUCCAGGACCACCACCUGUGAGUGUGGCGACCUCCCGGAGCCCGUGAUGCUCCCGGGGUGCGUGCCGCUGCACGGGGCUAUUCACCCGCUGCACGGUACCGAUCUCGUCGAACCCGUCCAGAACCGCUCCGAUCCGGUGUAUGAGCUCAUGAUCGACCUGCGGCUCAACUACCUCCUCGCGGAAGGCUUCAUCGUCAACACCAUGGACGCGUUGGAGCACGAGACGCUGGUGGCCUACAAAGAGCUUUCUGACAAGGGCGUGUACCCACCGGCGUACGCUGUGGGUCCAUUCACCCGGCGGCGGUGCCCCGACACCGACAAGGUCAAGCACAGCUGCUUACGGUGGCUGGACAACCAGCCAGACGGCUCGGUCUUGUACGUGUCCUUCGGCAGCGGCGGCACGCUGUCCACGGCGCAGACGGCCGAGCUGGCGGCUGGGCUGGAGGCGAGCGGGCAGAGGUUCCUCUGGGUGGUGCACCACCCCAACGACAAGGACAGCAGCGCAGCCUACCUCGGCACUGCCACUACCGAUGCCGACCCGCUGAGCUAUCUGCCCGACGGGUUCAUCAAGAGGAUGAACCGUACAGGGCUCCUUGUGCCACUGUGGGCGCCGCAGGUGGAGAUCCUUAACCAUGUCGCCGUGGGAGGGUUCAUGUCUCAUGGCGGAUGGAACUCCACGCUGGAGAGCAUGGCGGCGGGCGUGCCGUUGUUGGCGUGGCCGCUGUACGCCGAGCAGAGGAUGAACGCGGUGAUGCUGUCGUCGAAUCGGGUGGGCUUGGCGUUGUGGGAGAGGCCUCCCCUCGGUAAGGAAGGAGCGGUUGUCCCGCGGGAGGAGGUGGCGGCGCUGGUCAGAGAGCUUAUGGAAGGGGAGAAGGGCGCCGCGGCGCGGAAAAAGGCCGGUCACCUCCGGGAUGAGGCCGAGAUUGCUUCGGCGCCGGGUGGGCCGCAGGAUCGUGCUCUUGCGGUAGUGGCUGGCAUGGUUUCCUUGCAUCGGAAGAGCCACGGUGCUGCAGCUCCUUUAUCUGAUGUCCUCAAUGUGGCGUCUGCUGAGGCCCUAGCGGUUCAGAAAGGUUACAUGCCAAAAAGUGGUUGGAAGCACGGGAGUCGCGUGAGAAGUGCACGCAAGAGAGGAACGUGGUCGAUAAACAUGGAACCAUGCUCCCGUGACUUCUCCUCUGCAAGUGAAGGCCACAAACAUGGGGGCAGAAGAAACAACGACCAUUGGACAUUUGAAGAGGUGAAAGAGCUAGUGGAUGGUGUAUCUGUAUAUGGGGUUAGACAUUGGACUAAAUUGAAGAAUGAAAGGUUUCCGAUAUCAGUUCGAACGGCGGAGCAUCUUAAGGAUAAAUGGAGAAACUUGUUGAAAGCCUACACGGUCAGGCCCACAUCUAAAAAGAAGGUUAUUCCACAAGCAAAUUUGAAAAGAAGGAUCUCGCCUCCUAUAGAUAAGGAUUGUGUCGAAAAGAUCCAGAGGCUAGCAGCUGAUUACCCUAAAAAAUGA